ACACCUUAAUUUUACUGAAGUCGGAGCAAAAAGAUGAGUCAUUUAUUCCCAUUCCCAUUCUCUACGAUCUUCAUUGUUUUUCUUGUUCUCAACUCUUUUCAUGAUGGUGUAAAUGGUGAUUUAGUCAGUGAUGUAUGUAAGAAAGCAUCCAAAACUGAUCCCAAAAAGCAUCAUUUCUGCGUUACAUCUCUUUCAGCAAACCCUGCAAGUAAACAUGCUCGUGAUCUUUCAGAUCUUGGAUUAAUAUCAAUGCGAACAUGUCUACGAAAGGCAACAUCUAUUCAUUCUUAUAUUGCUAAAAAUUUGAAACAGGGAAAAGAAAACCCAACAGAAAAGCAAUGGUUCCAGAGAUGUUUAGAACUAUAUUCGUCGGCUAUUGACGGUGUUCAAAAAGCUAUCGAAAGUUUUAAGAUUAAAGAUUAUUCUAGUGCUAAUAUAGAGAUCACUACUGCCAAGGAUUCUUCAGUUACUUGUGAAGACCUUUUUAAGGAAAAUUUUGGUCCAGAUCUGACUUCUCCAUUGGCUAAACAAGAUGGUGAAUUUUCUCAGCUAACUGAAAUCUCUCUUGACAUAACUUGUGCUUUUAUGGGAACAUGUUCUUGAGCUUAAUUCAAAUUAAAUAACUCAAAGAGCUGGUUUCUAAAUAUAAUGUUUCAAUAGGUUGCCUUAGGAAAUUUCUGUUUGUUUGUUUUUUUUUUUCUUUUGAUC